AUGCUGCCGGCCAACAAGAAGGCAGGGGUUCAACAUGGGCGCAACAAGAUCAAAGACCUGGUUGCCGAGCUGGAUCGCAUGGUUCCCUUGACCCUCAGCUCCCGCCGGCAACGAUCGGUGCUGGAGUCUGGCAGGACGGUCCAGCAGCUUGUUGAGGACCUGCUAGUGCAUGUGCGCGCGGUGGUAGAGAGAGAAGCGAUCUCUGGCGGCAAGGGGGAGGAGGAGGAGGUUGAGGUGAAAGCUGCUCUACUCAAGGAAGGGAUGCUGGGCAGUGGCAGCCUGAUGAUGAUGACGGUGGAUCGUUCGAGCCUCCACAUCACUUCCAUGAGCCGGGGCAUGUUGAACCUGUACACGGACCUGCCGUUCGUGGGCCCGGCCGGUCAGUGCUUGGAGCACUUCGUAGCGCAGGAGGAGAAGAAGAAGCUCAGGGAACUGAUGGAUCGGAUGGGAAAGGCGCCAGGAGAGAAGAUGGAGGGUGAAGUAAGGAUGCUCACUUUCAACAGAGGCUUUCAGCUCCGCAGGUUCGCUGUGGGAGGAGGAUGCGAGGGAGGGCAGGUGGUCCUGUUGUUCACGAGCAUGGAGGAGGAGGUGGAGGAGGAGGAGGAGGAGGAGGAGGAGGAGGAGGUCAAGAAGGAGGCUGUUCAGGGGUCGUUAAACCCUUGCAACGGGGUGUACGAGGUUGACGAAAUGCUCUCGAGCGAUUCUUUCUUUGCGGUGCAGCGGUCGUUCAAGAGGGCAGGCGUCAGCGGGAGUGGGCUGCUGGAGAACGGUUUCUCAGCUGCGAUCGAGAACGCGACGGCGUCGGAGAGUGUCCAGAGAGCCAUCUCUCAGUACAAGCUCGGGAAGGAAAGGCUGAUAGCAAUGAGCCUGCAGGCACAUGUCUUCUUUUCUAAGACUGACCCACUCACUUUGAACCACCAUUUCCGCUUUCACCUUCCCGAAUGGCUGGGAGAUUUCUCUAUGGGCUGGGGAGAAAAGUCAGAAAUCAAGCUGAAUGGGACUCCCAAGAAGAUCAAGUCCGGGGUUUACAUCUCCCUCUGCCUGCAUACUCCGUUGCAACCUGGGAUGCUGCGAGCUACUGAGUUUCGCCUGCGGGAAGACAGCGGGCUCCUCAAGUGCUACCACAGCAGGCAGCUCUGCUUUCACGACGGGAUGCUGAUCAUACGAGGAACAAUGCCGGGCACAGGGUCAGAGGGGGCAGGGUCGGACUUCGAGCUCGUCUACAGGCGAGUUUCGCCACCAGACAAGAAAAUUUCUUUGGCCCUGCAGAGAUGAUGGAGGAGGGAGAGAGGGAGGAUGGGGAAGGGGGAGGCAGGAGAAUU